AUGCAAAAAGGGCUGAAUAUUUUCCCACUACAUGUAGCAGGAGGAUAUCCCAAAGAUCAGAAUACCUUCAAUAUAUUGUCUGAAAUGAUAUCUAGAAUGAGUAAUUUGGAGAGACCUACACUGGACAGAAUGUUCGCUUCGACGUCACAAAGAAAUCAUGAUGAUUUGCGGGCGGCUUACAAUAUCUCGUUACUUAUAGCAAAAUCCGGAAAACCGCAUACUAUCGGAGAGAAGUUAAUUUGGCCAGCCGUUGAAGAGGUUUUAAAAACUGUUUUACACAAACCUGGAUCUGAUAUCAUUAAAAGAAUUCCCUUAAGCAACAAUACUGUUGAAAGACGUAUUGACGAAAUGAGUUCUGAUAUUGAAAGCUUCUUAUGUAAUUAUUUGCAAACGACCAAUUUCUCUAUACAACUGGACGAGUGA